CUUAACGACCGCGCUGCGGUCCCACCAUUCGCAUUGCAAAUUAAAAACAAAACGCAUCGGCGGGCGCUUUUGAGCUCUUAACUACGUUAAUUUGCGUUAAUUAAUCAAUUCGUUGACUUGCCAAAAGCAAGUGCUGCGGACUCAAAAAUCAGAAAUGCGUCGUUCGAACAGAUGAAAGUGAAAUCAGCCUGCCGGGCAUUGCGAUUUUCUACCAUUCUCGACUAUUGAAGGAAAAAAGAGUGCUAAAAAUACACAACAACAACCAUAAAAUUGGCAAAACUUGGGCAAACAAAACUGCGUAGAUAAGCGAUUAAAUAAUAGAGCAACAUAUUUGCAAGCAACUUAAAGUAAAGGUAGUCGAAAAUCCAAUAAAUCCGCAGCUGGCCCUUUGACGUCACGGCCCAUCAGCUGUUUGGCCACCGGAGCACCCCACUUUUUCCGCUAUGACGCGCAGAGUCGCCCACCAACAGUGAACUCCCACGCUCAGCAGCCACUCCACAGUAGUCCUCAAUGGACAGCUCCAUGUACUACGCCAGCCAGCGGAUAGCGGCCAGCACAGAGGCUAAUGUCAGGGUCAUCACCUCGACCAUGGCCUCAUCUUUGGCCAAUGGAACGGCGGCGCCACGCGCCGACGACGGGGGCGUCUCCAUGAACAACUUUUACCCGGCGUUGGUUCAGUGUUUCGGCAUCAUCAUUUGCGGUUACAUUGCCGGACGCUUCAAGAUCAUCAGCAAUGCGGAAACCAAGGGUCUGGGCACGUUCGUGGGCACCUUCGCCCUGCCCUCGCUGAUCUUCCUGUCCCUGGUCGAGCUCAACUGGAGCGCUGUCAACUGGAGCUUCCUUCUGGCCAUGCUCGUCUCCAAGGCGGUGGUCUUUUUCGCCGUGCUGAUCAUCUCGCUGCUGGUCGCCAGGCCCCUGAACUACGCUCGCGGCGGUCUGAUGGCUAUAUUCUGCACCCAGAGCAAUGACUUUGCCAUCGGAUAUCCCAUAGUUAUGGCUCUCUAUAAGGAUGUCCACCCGGAAUACGCUUCGUAUCUGUAUCUGAUGGCUCCCAUCUCACUGGCUAUUCUGAAUCCAGUUGGUCUGGUCCUCAUGGAGAUCUCCAAGAUCAUCAAGAAUAAGGAGGAUGUGACCCGCAAUCCACCACUGUGUCCAGAAACUUGUCCCGCGGAGCAGAUGUCCAAACGGAAUCGCUGCCUGGGUGAACGGUCUAUACUGGUUUUCAACACCCUUAUUGCACUGUUCUUUAACCCUUUGCUGCUGAUGACCUUGCUGGGUGUUGCUGGAGGAUUCCUGUUUCCCCACGGUCUGCCCGAAAUGGUGUCCAGUACGUUGCGUGUUCUUGGCCAGAGCUUUUCGGCAACGGCCUUGUUCCUACUUGGUCUUAAGAUCGUGGGGGGUACAGGAUCGGAACGAAAGAGUACAGGCUUUCUAUUGCCUGGUGUUUUGAUACUGGUUAAAAUAUUGGUGCUACCGCUCGUAAUCCGACAGACGGUAAACAUUAUGCAGUCUGGCCAGAACUUCAACGACACCACCGAGCUGAGCACUUUUGGCUUUCUCUACGGCACCUUUCCAGCUGCCCCCGGGGCUUUCGUCAUUGCGACACAGUACAACAUGGAGGUUGAAUUGGUUGCUCGAAGCAUGGUUUUCUGUACAUUCAUCUCGGCACCGCUGAUGUUUAUAUCAGCCAAAAUGAUAUCGCUGACGAAUCUGAAGCCACUGGACUAUCUCCAUGAGCUGGAUGCCUUUUCGUUUGACAUCAGCGUGGCCGGCGCGGCUGCCUGUUGUAUUAUGCUGGCAUUGUUGAUCGUGACGAAGCGCUUUAAGCGUAUGCCCCAAAGAAUAACUUUCUGUCUGGUGCUUUCUCAACUCAUGUGCUGCAUAGGUGUAAUCCUCUGGUCCAAGAUGGAGCACGUGCACCGUUGGCCUUUGUACCUGCAAUUUCUCCUUUUUAAUAUCGGAACCUACAGCACUCGUCUGUGGACUGGUCUUUUGGCCAUUUCAUUGCUCUUCCUGCAGUGUCGCAGCUUGUGUUUUGUGCUGAAACUAUGGCCAUAUAUGUUGGUGUUUGCCUGGGGUGUGCCGGCCGUAUUAUCGGGCCUUUUGAUUGCCUUCGACUCGAAUGUGAUGUCGGGAGAGAAACACAAUCCGAGCUUUCAGUACGGAAAUGCUCAGGCGGCCAUCUCUGUGUUCAUGCUCGUUAUGUGCUUUAUAGUAACCGUCGGCUGUUUGGUGCUGCAUCAGCGUUAUAAGAAACGCUACGAAAAGUACAUGACCUAUUCACGUGAGUUGUCCAAUCCGGAGUCGGAAUCAUCCGAUCUGCACUCGACCAUAUCAACGACUAAUCUGUUGAGUAACACGGAUCAAUCGUCCAUCAGGCAAAGCGUUCGCACAGCUUCAUAUUCGUCUUCAUCCGACGAUGAGGAGAUGAUACCAACCGCUGCUGGAUUGCCAACCAGUAGGUCGAAUGGUGCUGUCAGUGGAGGAGCAGGAUCAGGCGGAGGAGGUUGUGGGUCUGGCAAUGGAACUUGCUGUUCGGGCGGAGCGCCGGUGAGCAAUUCCUCAACAACCAGCACCGUGGUUGUGGACAUUGAGGAUCUGUUGAAUCGCACACGACAACGAGCCAGUGGUGCCAACAAUAAAGAUCUGAACAAGAUCGAAAGUGCACCUGCCACGGAAGAAAUUCGCAACCAAAUGUGCAGCAGCUCCUUUAACUGCGGUCCUAGUACCUCUCGUCAAAGUUGUCAGACUAUUAUCGAGCGAUAUGAGGAUCAGAACAGAAGGGGACUUGAGCCCCUGGAACACCCGAGCGACGCUGAUGAGCAUCAAACUUUGAAGCAUACCGUCCUCUUAAUCAUUUUGCUGUGCUCCAUGUUUGUCGGUCUGGCAGUGUCCAUUUGGACAUUGGUCAUGGAGGGAAUGUCGGGCAUAUAUCUGGAACUCAGUUUCCUCGAUGCUUUCCUCAACUUUGGUCAAGGUCUGAUUGUCUUGGCAGUGUUCAUCACCGACAUGGGCGAACUUCUAAUGCCAGUUGUGAAAAUAUGGCGCAAGUUAUGGUAUGGAGCCAAUGUGGUUAGCCUGCCGCACUGGUCAAACGUGCGACCCGAAACCAAGCAUAUUUGUGAACAAUUCCGCAAUCAUCAUUUGGAGAACUGCAAAAAGGAUAUUGCAAAGGACCGAAGGUGGCGCAUUCGAGUGUAUCGCAGGGUGUUCUACGGCACCGAGUUCGUCAGCUGGCUCAUCGAGGUGGGACUGUCCAAGGAUCGAAUGGAGGCUGUGCAUUAUGCCCGACAUCUGGUCGAUGGCCGGGUGUUGCGACACAUCAACAACGUUUAUCACUUCGAGGAUAAGCUGCUGCUCUACAAUUUCUGCAGUCGCAUAUAGAUGCAGCCACUGUAGAAAUGAAGAAACUACGCCAAAUUUAGCUUGAUUUCCUGUUUAGUUUAUUUUGAAUGUAAUUUUGACUGCUGUGAUUGUACGCCAAACAAGCACGCACACACAAUGCAGUCAGUUGUGUGUGGGUAACGGUGAUGGCGAGUGGGAGUGGGAGGAUGAGCUAGUGAAUUUGUUUAUAUUGCACAAGUAAAUUGCUUGGCAAACGAAAGUUUAUUUUUUAAAUGUUUAUUACUAAGUAGUUGACUCAGCUAUCAGCUAGAGCUUUAUAUAGUGCAAUAUAGAGUACUGAAUGUAACAAAAUAUGCAAGUUUCCUAAAUAUUCAGAAUAACUUUGUACUUUAAGCGCAAUUCUGUGUCACAACUAAAUGGAAAACUGUGCAUAAAACGCUAUUAACGAAUAUGUCUACAUACACACACAUAGUAUAGUAAACACCCAUGAAUAAAUAUAUAUAUAUAUCUUGCAUAUAUACCUCAAGCCGCGAGGCCCAAAGAACAAAA